AUGAGGCUAUCUCUUCCCAUUGCCUGUUUUGCAGCUGCCGCCAAAGCGGCGUACAGCGGGGACAUUGUUCAGUAUUGGGUCGAUCAAUCCGCCAUUCUCGUGAAUGGAACCGUCAUCAAUGGUCUUCCAUCGCCACCAUCCGGUUGGUUCGAGGCUAUCAUCCAAGGUGCCGUCUAUCUCGCCGCCACCGAAACCAAGGGCAAAUCACUCGCCUUCCAACAACUCGCAGUAUCCCACGCCGCACAUGACAGCCUCCUCUGGACAUUCCACGGCACCCGACUCUAUGCAACGAUAAACUCCAAGCUCAAGGCGGUCCUCGGUUCCAUCGGCCUGGACGCUUCCUCCAACGAGGCACAAGAAGCGACGCAGAUUGGCCGGGAAGCCGCGCACGAAGUCAUUGUAGCACGCGCAGACGACGGGAUCAAUUUCUUCGUCGAUUACGUACCCAAACCAGCACGGCCAGGUGUCUAUCAGGCUACACCAGGUGGUCAGCCGAUCCCAGACACACCACAGGCGCAAUUUAUCCGUCUAUUUGGUGGGUUGGGAGACGUGAAGCGUUUCCGAGCUCCAGCUCCGCCGAAUGCGACGUCCCCCGAAUACGAGCCAUUCAUCGAUUUCGUCAAGGCGCAAGGCGCCAGGAAUUCUUCUGUGAGGAAGCCAUACGAUACCGAAACUGCGUACUUCUGGCGCGAAAGCAGCCCCAUCCAAUGGAACCGUCUGGCAAACAACGUAAUCGGAGACAAGCUUGCAACCGACGUCCUCGCUUCUGCCAAAUUCUACGCUCAACUCAACUACGCUUUAGCAAACGCCGCAAUCGCCAGCUGGGACUCCAAAUAUUUCCACAACAGUUGGCGCCCCGUAACUGCGAUACGCUAUCCAGAAAUUUACCUUGCUAGCGGACGUGAUAUUUCGGACCCUAACUGGACUCCCCUGUUGACCCCAACUCCAAAUCACCAAGAUUACCUCUCGACUCAUGCCACUUUCGGUGGCGCAGCAGCCGCCGUCAUCAAAGCCUGGAACGGCGGAGAUAGUGUCAAUGUGACACUAAGCAGCAAUGUUACGGUCGACAACGUAGGUGUGAUCACGCGACGCAUCACGAAUCUGACCGCUGCGGCGUAUGAGAACGGCGAUAGUAGGGUCUUCGGGGGCAUCCAUUUCCAGUUCGCGAGUGAUGUGGGGAAUGAGAUAGGUAUCUGGGUUGGAAAGGAGACGUUGGCUAAGUUUGACGAGAAUUGGGAUAAAUUCUGAGCAAGAUUCGUGGCCAGGUCGGACAGGGCACAGUGACUGACACAAAACAAGAGUAUCAGCAUAUAUCUCAUUCUGUGGGAGCUCACUAUAUAUGUCGCUUUUUGAACUCACAGCG